UGCUAUCCUUGAGAACGCUCUUCCUGUGCUUACCUUGAAGGCACAGUCACCUCUGGAAGGCUGCUCUGACCUACCCCUCUAACCCUCUGCAGCAGCUGGAAGAGUGUCUUGCUGCACUCAUAUCCCUUUCAGCCACAGCUUCUCUCUUGCACUGUGCUUUGAUGCUUUCUUCUCAGCCCUUUAAGACCGAGUGCUAUUGUCCUCUGCUGCUGCUGCUGCUGCUGAAGCACGGCAAGACUCUGAAACAGUCUCCAUGACAAUCAGAGAUGAGCAGCCUGGAUCCUGAUGGGGGUGAUACACGGCUGUGAUUGUAUCCUGCAGAACAAGGCUGCUCGGGUACUUCAGAGCGAGCGGGAGCCUGAGCCGCCAGCAUCCCGGGCAUUUCCAGCGAGCGCCCGCCAGCAGCCCGGCACCGACGGAAAUUUAGACGUCUUCAGAGAGGGGAGGAAGAUCCUCAUCUUCCGUAGCCUCCUCAAUGAGUGCCAAGCUCUCCAGAGAGUUGAGACUGUCCCUGCCGCCUUGUCUUCUGAACAGGACAUCUGCCACCUUAAAUACCAGCAGCACCUGCAUCACGCAAGUGGGUCAACUCUUUCAGUCCUUCUCAUCCACCCUGGUUUUAAUUGUCCUGGUCACCCUCAUCUUCUGCCUGAUCCUCCUCUCCCUCACCACCUUCCACAUCCACAAGAGGAAGAUGAAGAAGCGGAAAAUGCAAAGGGCUCAGGAGGAGUAUGAACGGGACCACUGUGCCCGCAGCAGCAAUAGCAGCAGCCAGCACCCCGGGACAGUGGUGCAGGGAGAGGCACCCCAAGGAAGAGACAGCCGGCUGGGAAGACCCCCCCAGGACUCGGAGAUCCAGCGCUCCUCUGCCUCGGCAGCCCCCAGCUCUCAGCAAGCACAGGCUUGUUUGGACACAGCUGGCGCGGGGCUCCUGCAGACGGUGAUCUUGUCAUGAUGGUUUGGGGGAGACCUCGCGAAGGCACUGAUUGAUGUUUGUAAAUAUCUGAGUGAUUAUUCUAGUCCCCGAAGAAGAAGAAAACAUUGCUAAUUCAGACGAACGAACAAGCCCAUGAUCCAAGCGCAUGACAGAUCACAUUGCGUUUCUCAUUGACUGUCUGAGGAAAGGAUGCAUCUUUUUGCUGGAGAAGGAGCUGCACACAGCUACUAAAUAUCAAGUCAUCCACCCGCACGGCGGGGUCAGGGGUAGGGGGUCCCUUUUCUCUGGACAUCAUUACCCCAUGUACAGGGAUAAUUGGGUUUCCCAUGCUCUUGGGAUUCCCACUGCACCCUGUAUCACUGUUACAUGGUGUGGGUUGGGGUGUGGGGGGAGAGGCAGGUCUGGUGGGUGCCUUGGGACCCUUCUGUCAUCUCAGAGCAGACUGAUGGUACACUGUGGUCUCUCCUUUUGUGCUGGGAUCUAUGCCCCUCUCACUCCUCCCCGCCCUCUCACUCCUUUCCAGAACUGGAUAUUGCUUGGUGUAGAAAUGACCAUCCCUAGUUGGGCUUAACUGCAAGCACCCUCUGACCCCAUGGCCCUGUGCCCCCAGCUGCAGCACCCACUCACUAUCUGGGGGAUGGAGUCAACUGCAUAGUGGAGCCUGAGCUUUCCUCUCCCAUCAGCUCCCUUCAUCUUGAGCACCACCCCCUUCCCCAUGCCAUGAACCGUGAAACCCAAGCCCAGUAGCGUUCUGUAUGGAAAGGAGAGGUAAUGUGCAGUAACUUGCCUGUGCCCUCCAGGGGAGGUUGUCUUUGUACCUGCUGUUGGUCCUGAAACAAUCCAGUUCUGCUCCAGGCACCCUGCACUGAAUGCCUGCCUAUACAGCUUUGUAAGGAAUCCUGCAGCAGUACAGAUCUUGCUUCUACUUUUUUAGGCUGAUAUGUAUUUCCAACCCUCCUAAUCUUGUAGACAAUUAGGUACAGACAACACUUAAUUUUAUUGUGUUUCCUCUCUUGGGAAGCAAAUAAUGCAGUUGUGCAAAACGUCCACUCCCGAACCCUGGCAGAUAAUUAUUUUUGAAGUGACUGCUUAGAAGUGGUGUAGUUUAUCCCCAGCAAGCACAGAGAGUUUUGUUGUCCCUGGAUGGUGGAUGUGAGUGGCUGCUGGUACUGGGUGUGUUGGAGGACGCAGUGUGGUUUACAGAAAAUGCGUUUUUGCUUAGUGAUUUAAUCAAUGAUCAUUACUUGAAGGUGCCUUAACAGCGUGCCGUAUCCAAACUUUGAAACAUGUAGCAGAGGCAGCCCUCUACUGUGCAUGCUAACAUCUAAAAAUUACAGCAGAGAAGAAGUGAUCCCGAGGGAUAUAUAUAUUUUUUUUUCCUUUCUGUUCCAUAAUUUAAAGUGAUUUGAGGAUAUAGUAAUAGUCCACAGUUUUUAAUAUUCUGUAUCCUUUGUAUUUUUUCUCUAACAUGCUCUGUCUGCCAGGGUGGCUGUCUAAAGAAAUCCCAGACACAUAGACCAGGAGGUCUGGAGCCGUAAUCUGUGAGUGAAUGUCAUCGACCAAUUUAAAACUGGGAAAGAGAGCUGCAGGAGUCCCCCAUACUCCCAUAAUACCCCCAAAAUGCAGAAAUUUCAGGGCAGUAUUUCUGUUACCCAGUUUUCUCGCUUCCUGAUCUUUCCUGGUGUGAUGGGAAACUGCUGUUAAGUUUGGAUCUGUGCCUCCAUCGCUUUAGGGAAGAGCUGUACCAGGGAGCCCAAGGAGCCGCUCCACCCGCUGAGGUUAGUGUGGUGAGCUGACUGAUCGAGGGGUGUUUGCACAUCGCUGGCUCUUGCUGAUAAUGGGUACUUCGUUGUUGCUGGGCAAGGAAAUUGGCUUUGUUUUGUUUCCCCUAAUAAAGGAUGCAUGAACUUUUGUGUUUAACCUCCUUAUGCAACUGCGGCACAGUGUUGCACCACAGGGAAUAGAUUUAGGACAGUGAGGAGUGUUCAGUGAGCACUGAUGGAGCUUCCUGACUGUUGAUCUUCACUAAAUAGAGAGGUAUUACUUUCCCCUUUAUUUUGUGCCUUUAAACCACCCCCGCCCCCCACUCCUUCCCCCGUCAACCUCCCCCCAUCCCAAACCAACAGUGUAUAAUUGUGAGUUUUAUAAAAGCAAUAAGAUGUUCCAAAUCACUCCAGUGCAUUUCUGGUUGAUGAUUCCACUACUUUAGUGUCUGAAGUCAGAUACUCUUUCUUCUGCCUUAUGCACUCAAGGCAUGCAAUAAUUCCCCAGAAGUGUACUGCUUGUCACAUCUCAUUGCAGUUAUAAAAUUGCCCUAUUUUUGAAGAAAAAAAGAAGGAUGGAGAGAUAGAUAUAUAUAUCUUUAUAUAUAUAUAAUGGAUAUACAGGUAUAUGUAUUAUUUAUAUAAUCUCAUGCCACUGAAAGUAGUUGCGAAAGUGUGACUAGAGUUAAAAUAUUAUCAUGUAAAACUCUAUCCUUUGUUAAUUAGCUUUGAUUUAAUAUUUUAAUAUCUCUGUAUUUAUGUAAAUCUGUGUAAAUUAUAUGGUCUAUUAGUAAAAUUUCAUACUGACUUUAAUUUUUGCAGAACUGUGAGCUUCUUGUGGUGUCAUUUAAGGUUUUUUAUUUCUAAAGUUAAAUUAGACAAGAUAUGAGAAGUUGUAAAUUCCUAAUAUCACACAGAAUUACUGCAAUAAGGUUCAUGCAUAUUCCCAGUUCACAGCCCUAUCUAGAGGUAUUGCAAGCUUAUGAGGUUUAAUUGAAUGGUCUCAGGAGAUCUAGCUGAUAGAAGCAGGACACGUAGGUCUUCAUUUUCAUGAAACAAUAAGCAAUCUAGGGAAUAGAUGUGGAUUUUUAAAACAGAGUUUAUGCUUGGAGGUUCUGUCAAAUCAAUUGCUUCAAAACCCUACAGCUACAGCUAAACUUCUGCACUUAGCAUUCAGUAUUAAUAAGGCUGAUGCUUCUUUCCCCUCCCCCUCCUACUUAAACUAGAAAAGAGUAGAAAAUCGUUCAUAUUUCUAAAGCAUACAUUUUCAGCUAAAUGUGAAACUGCCCAAAGGGUUUUGAAUAUACAUAUUUUAUGCAAGUGUAAUACCUAUGUAUCUGUAUCCAUAUAUUUAAAUAUUUUUGUGUAACCUUUUCUACGAUAUUUGAUAGAGAUGCUGGGUAAAUGCUUGUACCUUUCUUGAACACGAGGAAGGGUUUUUACCCUCUCGAUGCGGACAUUCUUUUUCCUGUGAAUUUGCACUGGUUUUGACGAGAGACAGUGGCGCCUGGGCAGCUGAGUGCUGACUGAUGGAAGCACAGACUGUCUUUGCUCUGUUAGCAGGCACAUCCCCCAGCUGGAUUUUCCUGGUUCUGAACUGGAACUGGUUGGCCACUAGCAUCCUGCAUGUGUAAGAAUAAGAAGUGCUAUGGGGCUCAAUAGUUCCUGUUUGCUCCAACUGCUGUUCCGUGGAAGAAGCACGACAGCAGUGACUCCUUUUGUAGAGCCUAGUGAGAGCAGAGCUGAUGGGCAAUUGAUGGCCAUGCUGGGACUGCGUUGGAGCAUCAGCAAUGCCUCAUCCUGCUUUCCUGCCCUCAGAGCCUGCUGCCGCCCUGGGGAUUCAUCCAGCUCCCACUGGCUUCAACAGGAGUGGCUUGCACUGACUGCCAAGGGACUGGGAUCCCAGGUAUAGCCCACACGGAGGGUGACAUCUCUCCACAUCACCACCGCUGACCCUGCUCUGCACCUGUCCUGGCAGUCUCCAGGGGAUGGAAACCACUGCCUCCCACGAGGUGCGUCAACCUGGUGGCACUGGGGAACCUGCACUGGUACUGCAUCUGUGGACUGAGGCACUUGGGUUCCUGCGUGGAUCAUGGACAGGGAAUGUCAUUUCAUUCAAAUAUGUCAUUCCGGCAUUUUUUUCUUUGGGGGUUUGUCUACUGUAAAUGUAGUUUCAGAUAAAAUUUGCCGGUCUCUCCAUCCAGACAUGUUUUAACUUUUGAUACAUCUCUCUCAGAUGUAUAUCUGUAGAUUUAUAGAUAUAUAUCUCAAAAGAAAUGCUGGACAAAAAGCAAAGAACAGAGACUUCACGUUAUUGACAAAACUGUCCUAUGAUUAAAAAAAAGCUUUUUUUUUUUUAAUUUAAAAAUUAAUUUUAGAGGCUGCAUCUUUAAUGUAAAUAGCAAGUUACUCUGUGAUUAAUGUUUUCCAUAGCAUUUCUGAGUAAUUGCUAUCUUGUUUCUGGAAAACUGUGUCCAGUGUUAUGAAGCAACUGUGGUUUUUUUCUUCUGUUGUUAUGAAUAUGAGUGCAACUUUUAUGUAGGGAGGAAAAAAGGACAGGAUUUGACUCUUUAGAUAGAACUGAAUUAUUUUAAAUCCAGUUAUAGGACUUGGUUGCUUUUUUUCCUUUCUUGUGGUUAUUCUUUCUGCACGUUCAUAUUUUUUCUAUGGGUACUUGAAACCCUAAUUUUAAUAAGUAUGCAAGAUGUGAAGGGAAAGAUGACAAAUGAUGUAGGAAAUAUUAUUUUUCCUCUUUUUUGUAAAUAGCAAAAUUUAUAAUGACUUAGAUACCGUUUCAUUACAUUUCUCAUCCCUAUAGAAUUUGGCAUGACAUAUACAAACCUUUAAUAGCACUUUCAUUUAUGUUAAAAGUUAGAACUGCUUUUAUCCGGGAUUGACUUACUCAUCUCUUUCAGGUAUCCAACAUUUUUUCCCCUAAGCCAAGUUUUCCAUCUGAGUGCAAAAUAAAUUUCUAGUAGAACAGAACCUCCUUCUGUUUUUAGUCUUUUACAUGUAGGUCUCUGGUCUGAAUCCAGCCAAACUUAUUAGUGUAGAAAAUGUGUUACGAACUUGCAAGAACUGGAUGGUGUACAUGCCUUGAGGAGAGAGGUGACGGGCAAGCGAACAGGUGAAAGGCCUGGCAAUGGGAAAAGUUGGCUUUCUUGUGUGGAGUUGUGGAAGGGAAGCCUCCCCUUCCACUGGAUGGACCUGGGCAAAGGGUGACCCAUUCCAGCCAGAGCAGAGACAAGUAUCGAUGUCCUUGCUGAUCCUGUUGCUCUAAAAUGUUCAUUUUCUAGAUGAUGCUGGAUCUUAUUUCUGUAAAUUAUAUGUAAUGUAUUUCUUAUUCGAGUCAAAGAGGUUUUCAUUGCUUCAUCAGUACUAUAUGUUCUAUGUGGAUAAUUAGAAGAAUUAAUUUUCCAAUCCUUUUAACCUAAUACCUCUACAAGCAUCGAUUUUGUAUGACUUAGGAAAUAAAUAAAUAUUUGGAUCAGAA